AAGAUGCGUCUUUCUGCUCUCCAGCCGGGAGUCGGGUGUCGCCUGAGCACUCUUGGCGCGGAGGACUGAGGUCUAAGGCCCCAUUACCUUAGCUCCAGAAGGUCCCUCCCUGUCUAUGGGAACUUUUUCCUUCUAAUUCCUCACAAGUGGCUCGUAGCAGCAGGCAGAGGCUCCUUGCCCGGACCCAGUCCGCAGCCCAGCCAUGCCUAAAAAAGGAAAAAAGCCCAAGUUGCCCAAGACACCCCUGUCGGACGAAGAGCAGCUGCUUAUAUUUCAGCAGAAGAUGCUGGCUGACGAGGAGGCAGCCAAGAAGAAAGAAAGACUCCUCACCCAGUUCUUGAAGGACAAGUUGGCCAAAGAAGAACACAACAGCGCUCUAAACCUGAAUAAGAUUAACACACAGUGGAGAACCAUCCUCAGGGAAGUCAAGACCAGAGAGCUCCACAAGGACAUUGAGAUCCUCAGCCAGACCUUUGAACGGGUGGUGGACUGUAAGGACAGCGUCAUUAAGUCUCUGGCUAAGGACUUGACUGAAGCGGAGGAACAGUACGCCCACGCUCUGCGUAGUCACUUGCACAAUGUUGACCAGCUCUUGACCCUGCAACGACGCCGGCUCGGCCUCCUGGAGGAAAAUUACAACAUGGAGCUCGAGGUCCUGACUAAAGAGUUUGAGACGGAAAGGAAAUCAAUCAUUGACCAUCACGAGAAGGAAAUGCACUACCUACAGGAUGUCUUCAUGGCCAUGGAGCAGAACUAUAUAGAUUCUGAGUAUGAGAGCAAGCUGGAGUUCCAGAGCAUGUGGGAUGACCUUAAAAACAAGGUACAGAAGGAGACGGGGGACAGGAUCCAGAGAGACGCAGGAAAACUGCUCAAGGAGGCCAUAGGUAUCCUGAAAGGGAAGAUCGUAGCCCACAGCCGCGAAGGGGAAUGGCAGAAUCAGUGCAUCCGGAACGACAAGGAGCUGGUCCACGUGCAGCUUCGAAGACUUAAGGUCCAGAGGACCCAGGCUCGGACCCUAUCUCAGGAGAACUUAGUCAAACUCACCCUGGAGAGUAAUGCCACCCUCAAGGCCCUGAAGAAGGUCGUGGAGAAGGGCGAAAAGAUCCUUAAGCUUGCUGAAAUAUGUAGGAAAUUCGAAACCGAGGAAGAAAAGGUACUGCCCUUCUACUCCUCAGUACUGACUCCCGAGGAGCAGGAGGAGGCCAAGAUCCAGAACCCGGAGGACAUCACAGAGGACCUUGCCAAGAUCAUGAUGGACUACGUGGGAAUGGAGAACUUCUGGAAGAGAUACAACAAGGUGAAACUGGAGGCUCUGAGUCUCGAGCACAGGCGGCUACAGCUGCUGGAUAUCAGCGGCAAGCUGCGGGAGAUGCUCAAACAGUACUUGGAUGGCAUCUCCGUGAGUGACGAAGUGCUGAGCCACCUCAACCCGCUCUUCAUAGUAAACCACAGAAGCAACCUGCCCCAGCUGCCCCCACCCGCGGCCCAGCCCGGUGGUGACGCAAGGCCUGUUUACAACGUCAUCGAAGCAGCCCACAUUGCCUCCCACAUCCUGUGACUGGAGGAGGGGGCUUCUUUCCUGACUCUGGACGCUUUCUCCUUUUUCUUUUUCUUUUGUGAAACCAGAGUGCUUUGCUCUCACACUCAGAUGGACAGACACCAGACACUCCGGCUGCACUCGAGUUACUUACU